CGGGCGCGGCGCGGGAUGAGCUCUGCGCGCGGGGAGGCGGCCGGCCCCUCGGGCCCGUCCCCCGGCAUGGAGCCGCCCAGCGCCAAGGAGCCGCCGGGGGAGCCGCCGCCGCCGCCCGCCUCCCCACAGGCCCCGGGGGCGGCGGCGGGCGGGGGCCUGUUCGGGUGGCUGCGGGGCCGCUGCCUGGGCCGGGGGCUCUACGUGGACCCGGCCCGCGACAAUUUCCGGGCCAUGACCGGGCUGUACAGCUCCAUCCAGCCCGCCGACUCCGUGUACCUCAGCACCCGCACGCACGGCGCCGUCUUCAACCUGGAGUACUCGCCGGACGGGUCAGUGCUAACUGUUGCUUGUGAACAGACUGAGGUCCUGCUUUUUGACCCCAUAUCUUCAAAGCACAUCAAAACUCUCUCUGAAGCUCAUGAGGACUGUGUGAAUAAUAUCAGGUUUCUGGAUAAUCGACUGUUUGCAACUUGCUCUGAUGACACUACGAUAGCACUUUGGGAUCUGAGAAAGCUAAACACAAAAGUGUGCACUUUACAUGGUCACACGAGCUGGGUGAAGAACAUUGAAUAUGACACCAAUACCAGACUACUAGUAACAUCAGGGUUUGAUGGCAAUGUGAUCAUUUGGGACACCAACAGGUGCACCGAAGAAGGAUGUCCUCACAAGAAGUUUUUUCACACCCGUUUUCUCAUGCGGAUGAGACUGACACCAGACUGUUCAAAAAUGUUGAUCUCCACUUCCUCUGGGUAUCUUCUGAUUUUGCAUGACCUUGAUUUAACCAAGUCCUUAGAGGUUGGCAGCUAUCCAAUAUUAAGAGCCAGAAGAACUACAUCAAGUUCAGACACGACAGCUACCAGUUCAUCUGGUCCUAGAACUGUGGGUUCACCAUGUCACCAGAAUGAUUCCGGUCCAUUGUCCGAGAAACACCUGUCCCGACCCUCCCAACGAGAAGGUGGAUCUCCACGAAAUAGUCUUGAGGUUUUAACACCAGAAGUUCCUGGAGAAAGGGACCGUGGUAAUUGCAUUACAUCGCUGCAGCUCCAUCCCAAAGGAUGGGCUACUCUUCUUCGGUGCUCAAGUAAUACAGAUGACCAGGAGUGGACCUGUGUGUACGAAUUCCAAGAAGGAGCCCCGGUGCGCCCUGUCUCACCUCGUUGUUCUCUCCGAUUGACUCACUGCAUUGAAGAAGCCAAUGUAGGCCGGGGUUACAUCAAAGAACUUUGUUUCAGCCCUGAUGGUCGAAUGAUUUCCUCCCCACAUGGCUACGGGAUCCGCUUGUUGGGAUUUGACACACAGUGCAGUGAACUUGUCGACUGUUUGCCCAAAGAAGCUGGUCCCUUGCAGGAAAUCCGCUCUCUGUAUUCACACAACGAUGUGGUACUGACGACCAAGUUUUCUCCAACACACUGUCAGAUUGCCUCAGGGUGCCUUAGUGGACGUGUUUCUUUAUAUCAGCCAAAGUUCUAGGCACAUCUUGCAUCAACAGGAACUUCACAGAUGUUUGUUUUUAUAAUUACUUCAGUUUGGUUGAAGUGUUCUUUUAAAAAAAAAAUCUUGUACAUGUGGACAAGAUCAUAAUUACUAUGGUCUGUGAACAUAGCAAUGAAAUGAGUACUCAGUCCAGCACUGUAUGUGUUCUGACACUACAAGUCAGGCUCUGUGCAUUCUGUUUUCAGCCUUCCAUGCAAACCUCUGCUUCUGAUGAUCCAGUGUCACUGAUUUCCAGUCUUUCUGGUUGGUUUCACAGUAGCACUUGCUGGUCUUUCAGCGUGACUUAGGGUGGACUAUCUGCAAGAUGUCUCGCUAGGGCUGAGGAAAGUGUUACACCAAACAAUGCCCACACAUCUCCUGCUGGUACGAUCUUUCCUUGCCAUGAAGGAGCUGGACUUCCUGACAUCCUCCUAUUGCUGUAACUUUUCUCUACAACAAUUAAGUAAUGGAGCUGUUCUCCUGCAUACUAGCUUAGUUUAGCCACAAAGAAGAAAAACACUUUCCUUUCACCAUAUAAUGAGUGACUAGAAAAAUGUUGUCACCUUUCUGUAAUGUUUUGCUAUAGUUAAAUCUCUUAGCUUGUUUUCCUUAAUGUGCAUAUGUUGUGUUUAUUGCAAGAUGGUAAAAGGUCGGGGUAGAGAUGCAUUUCCUCAGUGAAUUCACUAGGAAGACAUUGCCAUAUUGAGCAGGGAAGCCGGAGUUGAUCAUUGCAAAGGAGUUGUUUGGAAUGUUUUGACAUAAAAUGACAAGUUAAAAAUGCCCCUGGCGGAGUAAGGUGUGCUCCAGACACUAAGGUUUCUAAGUGCUGCCCUUAUUGUAGGAAGCUUUCCACAUUAAUAAAAAAAAAUCUUAAUCACAUUUUGUUUUGAAACUUAAGAAAUGCUACCCUUGAAGUUUCGCUUUGUGUUAUCAAGGCUGAGCUGCAUAAUAAAAUACCCUUUUGUAACAUGCCCAGAUCUUAGCCAGCGCCUUUGCAAAAGAAUUAGCCUGCAGGCCAUCUGCUGUCAUUCUGCCAAAUUAAACAGUCCUUCAGAUUACAUUGUCAGUAUGGAACAGAAAACAGUUUAUACAGGCUAAAUAUAUAAUCUGGAUUCAACUGGAUUUUUCAGUAGCAAGAAGAAUACACAGAUACAACUAAUCAGUUUCACUUCUCCUCAGUGCCGUUUACCCUUCUGAACAUACAGUUGCUUCAAUGGUAAUCACAAGAACAUAAUGUUCUGAGUAUCAUUUUUAUCUGCAGAAAAAAAAUAGUCCUCUAGUGUCUCGAAAUUUAACAGUGUGCGAGUGGAUAUAUGUAUAAUUUCAUAGUAUGGGUGGAAAGCAAAUGAAUUUAAUCAUAUUUAAAAUGUGGAAUACCUAUUGCAUGAAACGAGGAAUGAAACUUCUCCAGACUUCACAGACUAUCAUUAAGGAGGAGAUGAACAUGGCUUCCUACUAGUCACUCGCUUGGAGUGAAAAGAAAAUACAAAGCAAACUUUUCUACAUGGGGACACUUGCUCAGCUACGGUACUCACUAGGUUAAAAAGCUUUUUUUAAAACCCACAGUCAGUUUAAAUAUACUGCAAUGGGACUUUACACUAGAAAUUGCCAGAAAUGCUUCCUAGCCUAAACUGUACUUAGCUUAUCCGUCAGGCUUUAGUAAGUGAAACGCUCCUGGGGACUUGUCCUGAUUUGGACCCAGUGAAGUCAGAAAAUUUUGCUGGAAAGAAUUUAGAUUUUGGUCCUCAAUGGUAUCUGAAGGGAUUUUAAAUAAAAUAUACUUAAUGUAGAUUUACUCUUGAACAAAAAACAGUCUGCGGAAGGCACUAUGGGUCCAGGCUGAUCGGGUCCAGUAGUUGAAGAUCUGGAAGCCUGCCAAUGGACUGGAUCGCUCUAUGAGUCACGCCCUGUGUGUGUGCGUGUGUAUCAGAAUGUAUCAAUGGAACUCACUUUAAUGUUACCUCACUUUGAGCAUCUGGUGCCUCACAGGAAAGUUUUGGAGAAAUUGAUUUAGGAACCCUGCUGCUUUUUGCUGGCUUUUCAUUACUGAGGGUGUUUGCAUGAACAUUGGAUUGUCGUUACUUUUGGAAGAAGGUUAAUCUAUUCCUGCGUCAUCUCCUGUUUGAAAUUAUAUUUAACUCCAUAGCAACUAAAUGUUUGAGGAUUGAGUUUGAGUGACUGAACAUGCAGCAAUUGAGAAACAAAAUUCCCUAUUUCCCCACACAAUAAGCCUGAGUUGAUUAAUCCUUCCCUACCCACCGUUUCUCCUGUAUUAAAUGACUACCUGUAGAACUCUUUCUGUAUACUAGCUUUGUGUAUUGAGGAGGUAGUGGCUCUUAACCUAGUCAUACUUUAAGUUAAUGAAGCAAAGUAUAGGGUUAUCUCUUUGUCUUACAGCAGCUAACGUACACAGCUAUUUCUGCCCAAAAUGAAAGGACAUGCCUUGGAUUCAGUGCAUCAUUGAAGUGAAAACUAGGUACUACAUGGGCUCGUUCUUUAUCACUGGAGCUACCGCCAGGAGCUCCAAAUAGCAGUGAUGGGAGAUGUACAAGUAAGAGAUCAAAGAUUGUUUUAAAACUGGAAUGUACUAGGCUCUGUGAGCAAAAUCAUUCACUUUGACACCCCUCAGGCAUCUGCAUUAGAAAUAAACCAUUUUCAGCAUCAAGCAGAAUGAUCAAGCUAAAUAAGUUUACUUGUUUUUCUCAAAGAAAAAUAAAGGGGAUUGAGUUGCUGUAGUAGAAAGCAUGCUCCUACAUGCCAGUUUGUUAGUCGUCCUACAAAAUGACUUGUCCAAAAUGCAAAUUAUUGAAAUUAAAAAUCCCUUCCUUCAGUCUUCACCCACCUUUGUUAUGUAUCUAUUUUGUACUGUUAAUAGUCGGCAAAUCCAAUUCUCAGUCAAUUUGGAUUUGUUGAAUGGGGGUGACUGCUUACAAGAUAUUUUCCUUAUCUGAUGUAAGGAAUUACACAUUACAUUAAAUACCCAAUGUACUACUCUGCAUGACCAGGAUGCAAGCUUCUGAUCUUCAAAGUAGUAAAAACUCAUCUGGAGAAUGUCUAUCUAAUUUGGAAAACGGUUUUAGAUGAUUAGACGUUAUAUUUAAAAAAAAAAAAGUUUACAGAAGAACAGGAAUUUGCUGUUAUCUCUGUUUGGGUGGCAGAACUAGAUAUAAAUUGUGCUCCUGAAAUGAACUGUAGUGGAAGAUUUACAGCUCACAGACCAAAGGAUGGCAAAUUGGGUUAAGUUUGUGCAGCCUUUUAGUACUAAGUUAAUUUUAAAAACUAGAAUGAAGAGUAUUUUCUCAGCCAGCAUGCACAUAUGCAACUCUCAUACCAAUUAGGAAUAAUAUACCCCUACAGAAUUAUGUAGGACCCUAAUUCUCCAGCUUUUCUUUCUGUGGACCACUUGAUAAGGACAAGUUCCUCCCAGGGACUGUCUCUUCUCAGAACAUCCCAGUCUGCUACUCCUUGGCUUGCUAAAUGAUUUGCUGAAAAGAUCAAUGGCAAAUCCUUUUGAACCGCUCUAAAGGACUGUUUGCACAGGUGUAUUAAUUUGAAAUGCAGAAAAGCACCCUGAAGUAAUUGCAGCUUUUUGUAAUUUCUAUUAAGACUAUCGGAAUUCCUUGAAAUGAAAUGCUCAUUUUGCAUUUUUUUUUUUAAAUCUAUGCCUGUCAAUAUGCACUGAGUAUUGUUUUUUUUAAUUCUACCUCAUGACAUGCUUCUUUUUGAAAAGGUUAUUGCUCUGAAACAUUUGACAAUAACUUUUCUGUAUAAAUAGAGAAUUGUUAUUGUGUUAAAUAGAUGACAUAUCACAUAGCUACUAUUUAAAAUGCACAGCACCUGGAGUGACCGUCUAAAACAGCUCAUCACUUUGAAGCGAGACCACUGAAAAGCGCAAGGCUGAUGAUAGAGGUUGCCCUGUUUUGGGGUUUUGAUCAUGUUUUGUGGUGCUUUGUAGUGUAUGUAUAGUGUGUUGUAGGAACAGAUACAUUUUUAUAUUAAGACCAAUUCCGUCCAUGUAUGCUGUAAGAAUGUUGCCUAACUUUUCUGAUUACAUUUUGCAAUAAGUUGAAUUAGAAUGAGAUGAUGAUUUUAGGUUGUGAUUAUUUAACUACUUUCAAUAAUAGCUGGAAGGUUUCAGUGAAAGCAAAUAGAUUUUACUUCAGUAUAGUUAAACACUUUGUUCAGUGAUGCAUAACUGAGUAGUUAGAUGCCUUGCAGUUAUAGCUCCAAAAAUUAUUCUCACCACUUUCAUCUUUCUAAUUCACAUUAUCUUGCCUUAUGGAAUUAACAAAGUGACUUGAGGUAAGCGUUGGAAUUUUUUUUCUAGGUAGCAGAAAAGUUUUACACUUAUUUUGCAUUAAAUUCUGAAAGACUAACCAUCUUCCAUCCCAAUACUAUAUAAGGAGCAAAGUGGGUUAAAUAGAUAAACCCAAAAUUAAGGUAGUGGUUUAUACCAAUAAUUUUUAUCAUCUUUUUGUAUUGGUAUAUUUUAUACCCCUCAAGUACUAAACCUAUUGCUAAAUUUUAAAGUAUUUCUGAGAGUUAGUGAUCUUAGCUGGACUGUGAAGUGUGCAAUAUGCUUUCUAAAUGCAUGGUUCAUAUUCAUUAGUUACUGUAGUAAAGUGUGAUUCUUCCACCUUCAGCAUGACUGAUAAGCAGAAGCAGCUCUCCAUAGGAAUGUUUACUUUUUAGAAGUGUUUAUGAAAACCACGACUAGUGUGUUUGAAGCCAGUAACUCUUGUAUUUGUCCAGUGACCAUAUUGUUGACGUGAAGUGCAGUUUUCACAUAUUCCACUAGAGGUCAGAUUUAAAUCACCAGAGCACUGUCAACAUUUUUGGCAAGGGGAAAGGAAUUGGGUAAGGGAAGAGGUAACUGAGUAAAAAUGAAAUUUACUUUGUAACUCAGUGAAAAGAUCGAGGUGGCGUGUCUCUAUUUUGGGGGUGGGGAGAAAGGGGAAAAGCAAAAUAUAUCUAGAAAUACACUAAAGGAUUAAAGCCCAAAACUUGGCUUGCUUUGUUAAUCUGAAAUCUCCUAGACAAGAUUCUAACUGUUUACAUGGAAAAUGUACGAGUGAAAACUAACAUUUUUUCAUUGAUCCUACAAUAUUGUAUUUAUAGGAGGAGUGCAAACCCUGUUCCUUAAGGAUGCCACAAAUAAUGCCAGUACAGAAAGAAGUUUAGGUAUUGCAAAGCAAAGCUGAAGUCUCUGCUAAACAGAGCUCUGUGAAAUUCAGGCUCUUCAUAAUGCAACAAAUACAUUUGCCACAUGGAAACUAAAAACAAAUGCUAGUUUCUAAGAUUAUGAUAGAAAGAAAAAUGCCUGUCUUUUUCCCCCCCUUAUAACCUGAUUGCUCUGUUGGAAGGGGGAGGGGGGGGAAAGCAUGAUCUCUAGGCAAAGGUGCAUUCUCUGCUACAAUUACGUUGGUAUUCAACAGGGUCUCCAACCACCUGUAAAAGUCUUUUUUUUAAUACAAGAGUAAGUUGUGUGUGUAGACUAUUUUGAAAUACUCAAGGUUUCAUAGUCAGAGGGGGUAGACUUUUAAUACAAUACAUACCAAGUAGCAGAGCUGUUCUGAAUAUACUGUACUUGCUCCUAUUCAGUAACUUGUACUGUUUGUGAACAGUUUCUCUUGCUUGCAAAAUAAAUUAAACAUUUAAUAAA